AUGGGACAGGAUAACACCAUGACCCAAAGUAAUGGAUACGGGAGCGAUGCUUGGACGAGCAUGAGUCCUUACAGCCAGAGCCCAUAUAGUGCCAGCCCAUUGACUGAAUAUCCAUCAUUUGGUGCCUUUGUCAAUCACGGAUUACCAUCGGAAUCAAUGAAUCGAAUGCCUCCCCCACAAACACAUCAAAUGAUACAACCUGCACCUCCAAUGGCACAUCAUCAACUACCUCUGCUGAAUACGACUUGGCCGAGCCAAUUGACGAAUCCAGCCCCUGCACAGAGCUAUUCGGCACCACCGCUAUCAAUGACACCUGCUGCCAGCGCACCGCCCGUGGAACCCCCUAGGUUGCCGCCACAGCACGAGAAAUCGAGGAAGACCCUUACUACGGAACAGAAGAGAGCCAUGUGUCAGUUCCAUGAGGAUAACCCUGGUACUCGACAAGCCGAUAUUGGAGCCCGGUUCGGCGUUGAGAGAAGUACGGUUUCAAAGGUUUUAAGACACAAAGACCAGUAUUUGAAACGGGACCAAGAGCCCGAAAAUGCUGCGGUAAAGCGUGGUAAGGGUAAGCAUCCUGAUUUCGACCGGACACUUAGCAAUUACGUCAGGAGACAACAACAACGAGGGUUCCAAGUUAGCGACGAGGAAAUCAUGGAACAAGCAAGACUAUUUGCUCAUGCUAGCGGAAACCAGGAAGGCGUGCUCAAUAACCUAAACAGCAGCUGGUUGCAGAAAUUUAAGCAAAAGCAUGGCAUUGGUGCAGGCAAGCUGAUGCGAAGGGCUUCCGAAGCCAAUAUUCCUGAUAGCGCAAGAUUAUCGACACUCGUCACCAAGUCGAGCGACAUGUCACCGUCACCAACAGGACAGCUUUCGCCGCUUUCUGGAAGUCGGAGCGAUGAGGACGCCCCUCUUGAUGGCAUCGACUUUGACUUUGGCUACAAACACCCGGAAUCGCAAUCCACUACAUCCCUUUCCAGUGACUUCCGAGAUAACACGGGGUCUUCUUUCUCGGCUGGUACAAUGAGUCCAACAGGCACAUUCACUUUCUCCCCUGACCCCAAUGUGGGAGGUUUUCCCAUGGAUCAACUUCGAGGUACCGAUUUUCAACACCGGGAGAAAAGAAGUAACACAUUCCCGUCUCUCAAUAUCGACUAUGUAAAUCAAGUAUCGUCGUCGACGGAGCCUAUGACCCCUCGUCAUCCUUCUUCAUCAACCGCACCGUCCUCAGCUUUGGAAUCGCCUCAGCAUGAACUACAAGCGCCCUUUGGCAUCGAUACCAACGUCAACUCGCCGCCCCCGAUGCUGCGCCGUAGCAGCAGCAACUCAAGUUUAAACCGUGCUACGGCAGCAACGGGUGCAUCUUCAUCAACACCCGUUGAUUCGUCUCCAGUCUCGCCGUCUCAGGAGGACGCUCGUCGAGCAGCACAAACGCUGCUCAAUUACAUCCAGACAGCGGGCACCUUUGAUUCCAACGAUUACUUGUCAAUUGUUCAGCUGACUAAAAAGCUCAAGAUCCAUCAAGGUCGAUCUUCGAUUGGGGGGCUAUCACGUAUUCCCGAAGGCGACGUUGAAGCACCUGUUCUCCUAUCAGCCAAGAUGGAAUCGGCCUGA